AUGUAAAUGUUCAAAUUAAUACUUCCAUAGAUAUUGAACACUGGAUUUUCUAUCUUAUGCAUAGCUUACUUAUAACUUAAAGGUUAAAUAUUAAAUUUCCUAAUUCCGUAACUAAUAUUUUUAGCUUUUGGAUUGGCAUUUAGUCUCGCUGCAAUUAGAAAAAGAGCCUAAAAUGUCUAAUGUAUGUAUGUUUCAAAAUAAACAAUUAUAGAAAUUGAUCACUCACCAAUCUUUUUUACAAUCUUACUGCUUAUUUAAUUUGCAAGUUUAUUGUAUUUGAGUAGCGAAAAUAUAUCGGAAAAUCUUCUUUGUUUAUUAUUUGGAAAUAUGCUAUCACUUUAAAAAUUAAAAUCGAAUGAAAAAAAUGAAAAAAAUGAAAAAAAACAGUUUCUUAAUAUAAAAAUAAUGGUACAAGCUUUAUCCCUUUUAACCAUUUUUGUAAUUAUUGUUUUAUUUAAAAAUAUAUCUAAUAACUUGGAAUAUAUUAUUAUUGUUUCAAGUCUGAUUAUUAUAGUUUGUUCAUAUGAAUUCGUCUUAAGCCAUUAUAAACAUUAAGUUUAAUAAAUAGAAUAAUCUAAAGUAAUUGUGGCAAGAAGAUAAAGUGUUUUAAAUUAAAUAUAGAUUCCAUUUUAAAAUUUUUAAGGUAUAUGGGAUAGAUUUAAUGAUUAAUAAUAUUUUUUUAUUUCCUACCGCAAUAAUGAAAUAGUUGUAGAAAAGAUGAGUCAAUUUUUAAUUUAAUUUCUAAAAGAGAAAUGUUUAUCAAUUGAAGAUUAUAUGAAAAAGAUUCAAUUAUUCUAAAUUUCUUAUGAAAGUGAACACAUUUUAACUAAUAAUAUGUUUGAAAUAAAGAAUGCAAACCUUUAUUCAUUUAUUAGAGAUUAAAUAAUUGAAGAAAAGUAAAGUGCUGUAAUGUAGAGGAGAAAGUCUUAGAGUAAUAUCAACGAGGAAUUACAACAGUAAAAAUUGAUUUCUCCUUAAUAUGAAUAGAGAUAAAGAUUAUAAUCAGUGUAGAGAAAUGAAAUGGGUAAUACCUUAAAUUUAAAUAAUAGUUCUUUUUAAGUAAAAAUAAUAUGUUUAUUAUAAAGUUCAUGGAUAGAGAGUUUUUAUCUGCAUCUGCAAUAUAAAAGUUUGAUUUGCUCUUUGUAAAACCUUAAGAAAACACCAGUUAAAUGGUUAACAAGAAAUAAUAAUUAUAUGGAUUAAUUUAACAUGAUAAAUUAAUCUAUAAGAAAAUAUAAGUUAGUAGUUAUAAUUAAGGUUUAAUUAUUGAAAUUGAGGAUGAUUCUAUAGAAAAUAUAAAAAUUUAAAUGAAUAAUAUUCAAAAUGGUUACAAAUAAGAAGUCACCUAAAAAGAGAUUUAAAAAUUAUCUUAAAUGUUGAAUGAUGUAUAAUAGAAGUUUAAUAAAAUGCUUAAUAAUCAAAAUAGAGAGAAUAAACUGUUAUGUUAAGCAUAAUUAUAGCUAUAUGUUUUAGAAAUCGAGAUUUAUAAUUUCAUUUAUUUUUUGUCUGAUGGACUUCCUUUUCCAAAACAAGAUUAAGUUAAUAUAAUUACAUUUUUAUAAUCAAUUAAAGCAAAAUUUAUGCAAGAUACUACUGUGCUUGAAAAAAGUAUAGAAUUAAUCAUUUAAAAUGAUUUAAAUAAUUAAUUUAUUACUACUGAUAUCAGAUAUCUUCGAUAAAUUAUUGUUAAUCUAUUAGUCAAUAGUAUUAAAGCACAUCGUAAGCCAGAUAUAUCAAAUACAAUUUAUCUACGUGUUAUUUAAACACUUAAUGAGGAAAUUAAAUUUGAAAUAAAUGAUAAAGCUAGUGGAUUUUCUCAGUCAAUAGAUUUCAAAAGUAAUUGUUCUUAUAUAUGAGGAGGAGUGCGUGAAGGGAAAUUGGGAAUAUUUAUAGUUUAAAAGUUAUUACCAUGUAUUUCUAAGAAUCCUUAAUUAUCUUUUAAGACAGUUCAUUUUGAAAAUAAGUAAGUAGGAUCUUCAAUAAGUUUUGUACUUCCUAGAUAGAUGAAUUUAAUUAAUAAUUCAUUACAUAAUUCUUCAAACAAUAUAUUUUAAUAGGAGAGUUAUAAAUUAGCUUAAAUUAUGUAAUCUCAACUUUUAACUUAAAACUAAGAUUUUAUUUGA